AUGCAAGUUGUUGACGAGUUUCAGCUCGUACAACACCAUAAUCCGGAAGUAGUGUAUUUUUGUGGUCUCGAUGAAGACGAGGAGUCCGAUCAGCAGGAAACCGCUGCUCCUUUAAAAUAUGAGAAAGUGCAGGAAAAACGGAGACGCAGAGGCGGAAGGCGGCGGCGAAACAGAAUGGCGGCGGCGGUAACCCAAGGGUGCUCGAAUAUAGUUUUGCCGGAAAUUGAGAAAAAUGCACCAAAUCCGACGCAACCUUCACAACAACCGCAACCGGUCAAAUCGAGACUAAUGAAGGAACUUCAUGAACGCGAAAGAGUGCGAGGAAUGGAGCGGUACGAAGCGAGGCAGCUUCUUCAGGACAAACUUCUAUUUCGGGGAGAAACGAAUUUAGAGGAGAUUCGACUUCGACGCUUCUGCAUGAUUGUGCUGUCACGAGAAAUGUUCGAACAUGAAGAUAAGACGCAAAUUCCAUCGGAAAUUGUCUCGAUUUCAAUGGAAAAUGGAAAAAUCUCAUCGAUUUUACGAUUAAUGCCGUGCAACGGCGAUCUUUCUGAAACGAACGAGAUUUGUGCGCCAGGAAAUUAUCGAAUGAAAACAAUGAAAUGGAAUCCGACGAGAGUUCGCGACUUGAACAUGGUCUUCAAAUUGUGGAGCCAUUUUCUAGAACGAUGCCUUCAUUCACUUCUUCUGGUCCCAUUAUCACAAAAUUGCGUCCUUAUUGAUUUUUUGCGUAAAUUCAAUGAAAUUCGCUCAAUUCUGAAUAAUAGAGUCACCACGUCAAUUUGUUUAAGUCGAGUAAUUAGUGUUGAUGAUUUCUUGUUAUCCUUACAACAGUUGACCGAAACCUAUGUGGAACUUGAAACGAUUCACCAAAGAAAGUAUGCAACGCUAUUAGAGUAUGGAAUGGAUUUAUGAACCUUCGGCAAAACGGAAAACGGCCUGUUCAUUGGUCCGCCUCCCGGUCUGACGAGCCAACUCAUCCAGAAUGCGUCGGCAAUCGAAGCAACUCGAAUGGCACCGCUCUCUUCGGCAAAAUCGUGUCGACGGAACGUUGCGAAGAGCAAGAAUGAAGAUGUUCGGUAUGACAGUUAUUUGCAACUUCAUCCACCAUAUGUUGGACGAGUGAAUUAUCCGGUUGAUUUUGUCGCUUGGAUCAUUUGUAAGAAGACGUCCUCAUUUCAGGUUACACCUAUUGAUUUUAAUCAGGAUUAUUACGAUGAUGUUCCUGAGUAUGAUGAGUACGAUGAGAGUUCAAUUUUCCCAGUUAUAAAUGAAAAGAAGAGUUUUUCGAAUACAGAAGGUGAUUCGUCGACGUCAAACCCAUCGGAGUUGAGCUCUCAUGGCGCCUCAUGCCCGCUUACUUUCGUCGUUCCGUCCGGCCGUCGGCUCGGAAUGUCGUUGUCGUUGCAUCUUUCCGGAUGGCCGGAAAACAGCGAGAGCCGUCAGCGAAUGCUCGAAAGCGCUUCGAGCACCAACUUCGUGCAGCACUUCGUCUCCAGAGAGGUGUCAAGCAGCGAGCGAAUGAUGUGCCUUUUGCGACGCCUCAAAAAUGGUCUCGUCCUCUUUCUGACACCAAUUCUGCUGUUUCCGAUGCUCUCCUCGUCGCGAGAUGAAUGGAAAUGCGCAUAUUGCGUGUGCAUUGUUGCCAUCUACUGGAUGUCCGAAGUGAUGCCGCUCGCCGUAACUGCCAUGCUUCCUGUCGUCCUUUUUCCGCUCGUUGGAGUUCUUGAUGCGAACACGACCGCUAAAGAAUACAUGAAUGACACCAAUUUCCUAUUCAUUGGCGGUUUGAUAAUGGCGGCUGCUGUCGAGAAAUGUGAUCUGCAUGAACGCGUUGCUUUGUCGGUUCUCAGAUGCGUCGGAAGCGAGCCGAAAUGGAUAAUGUUGGGAUUUAUGAUCGUCACUGCCCUUCUAAGUAGCUUCAUCUCGAACACUGCCACCACCGCAAUGAUGGUGCCCAUCGGUCAAAGCGUUGUUCAGCAACUCGUCGCUUCGUUCCAACAUCAUCCCACCAACGGCGAAAAAGGUCGUCUCGGGUGCAAAAAGAUGGCGACGGGUCUCGUGUUGUCGAUCUGUUUUGCGGCAAACAUCGGAGGAACUGGAACUGCGACUGGCACGCCCAGUAAUCUCGUAAUGCUCGGCCAACUCAAUGCAUUGUUCCCAAAAGAAGACGGCUCAUUGAACUACAUCACUUGGAUCUUCUUCGCAUAUCCGCUCAUGAUUAUCAGUCUUUUCGUCGCAUGGUUCACACUCGUCAUGUUCUUCCUACGAGAUGCUCCAGAAAAAGAUGAGCACGUCACCAAAAUGCUCAAAAAUCGCUACAACGAACUUCCGCAUAUGAGCUAUGCUGAAAAAUCGGUGUUCGCCUGCUUCUGUGUUCUCCUCUUUUUGUGGAUGUUCAGAAAUCCGGGAAUUUUCACCGGAUUUGGAGCAUUCUUCAAUAAGGGAAGCUACACCGACGCAACAUCCGCCAUGAUUGUCUCGUUCUUGCUCUUCGUGCUCCCAUCGGAAAAGCCUGAUCUAUUUACAUACAUCAAGAAGGAGGAGUUGAAAAAGAGAGGCUGCUUGAUGGACUGGAAGACAAUGCAGGAGACGUUCCCAUGGAGUGUCGUUCUCCUACUCGGCGGCGGAUUCGCGCUCGCCGCUGGCGUCAAGGAGUCCGGUCUCAGUCUUCUCAUUGGCACAUCCCUAUCAUCCAUCGAACACCUUCCGAUCUGGGUUUUGCAAAUUCUCACAAUGUUCAUCGCCAUGAUCAUUACCAACAUCUGCUCGAACACCGUAACCGCUUCGAUCUUCGUGCCGAUUGUUGCCACCCUGGCGCAACAAUCCGGAAACCAUCCGUUCACUCUCAUGCUGCCGACCACCCUUGCUGCUUCGUUCGCGUUCAUCCUUCCAGUUGGAACCCCACCAAACGCGAUUGUCUUCGGAUCGGGAAUGGUCAAAGUCUCCGAUAUGGUGACCGUUGGAUUGGUCGUUUCUUUCGAGCUCCUUUUCAUUACCAUCGUCUACAUGAACUCGAUGGCCUAUCUUUUCCUUCCAAUUGGCACAAUGCCAGAAUGGGCAAAAAUUGACAACUCGACAAUAUUGCAUUAG